CAACUCUCACUAUAAAAAUCACAUUAAUAUUUACAAUCCCAGUGUCCUGUACAGACGUGUUCUCUACAGAUCAGUACAAGUUUACCAUUGUUUGACAACAUUAAAGUCACGUUGGCUGCCCGCAAAGUUGUGGCCGUGUGUCCUAUUUAUGCCUUCACUGAGGCUAGCUGUGUGAUUAAUUUCCGCAGACAGACAGAAGUUCGAUAAGCCGAAACGCAAGAUGGAAGACCAAGACAGAUCUGGCACGGCAGCAAAUCCUGACAAGAAAGCCGGUGUGGGUUCUCCUGUCAAGGACCCAGAACCCACGUUUUUUCAAGAAGCCAAGAUAUUUAACGACCCAGUUCAUGGUCACAUUACCAUUCACCCGCUGUGCGUCAAGAUCAUGGACACCAUACAGUUCCAGAGAUUACGCUACAUCAAGCAGCUGGGAUGCUGCUAUCAAGUCUAUCCAGGAGCUGCUCAUAAUAGGUUUGAGCAUUCGUUAGGUGUGAGUCACUUAGCGGGAACCUUUUGCAAAAAGCUUCAACAGAAACAACCGGAUCUCAAAAUAACUCCUAAAGAUGUUCUGUGUGUGCAGAUUGCUGGCCUUUGUCACGAUUUGGGCCAUGGUCCCUUUUCACAUAUGUUUGACAACGCCUUCAUUCCAGCCGUUAUUAAAGGUUCUAAAUGGAAGCAUGAGAAAGCUUCAAUGGCUAUGAUUGAUCAUCUGAUAGAGGAAAAUGAUCUGAUGAAAGACUUUGUAAAGUUUAACCUUGAGGACGAUAUCACCUUCAUCAAAGAGCUGAUAGAUGGACCACCAGAAAAUAAGGACAAUCCAUGGCCCUAUGAAGGACGACUACAAGAUCAAAGUUUCCUUUAUGAGAUCGUUGCAAAUAAGGAAAGUGGAAUCGACGUUGACAAGUGGGACUACUUCCUCCGAGAUUCUCAUAGCCUAGGCAUGAACAUCAGCUUCGACUGCCAUCGCUUAAUGGAUUUCUCUCGCGUUAUCGAAGUGAAAGGCAAGAAACAUAUCUGUUUCAGAGAUAAGGAGGAAGGUAAUUUGUACGAUAUGUUCCAUACGAGGUACCUUCUUCAUCGACGUGCCUACCAGCAUAAAGUAACUAAAAUCAUUGAAGAAAUGUAUGUGGAUGCACUUGUCAAGGCGAAUGGCCAUUAUUUGGUUGCAGGAAAGGAAGGAAAACAGAUGAAGAUGUCCGAAGCGAUUGAUGACAUGGUAGCCUACACCAAGCUGACGGAUGACGUCAUACUUCAGAUUAUGCGAUCUCCUGACGAAAAUCUCAAGGAGUCAAUAGAAAUACUGGAAAGGGCCCAGAAACGUGAGCUCUACCCAUUCAUCGGAGAGUACCAGCCCCAGUUUGACUGCAGCAAAGAGAACAUACCCAAAUGGAAAGACGCCAUAGUCAGCCUGUCGAAUCAGAAUCCGGAAGAUGGUGGCCAACAACUGACAGAGGAUCAACUGGUCAUCCAUGUUGUGAAAUUCAACUACGGUAUGGGAGACAAGAACCCAAUAGACAAAGUCCAUUUCUACUCCAAGAAGAAUGAGAUUAUCGAGUCGAAGAAGAAAACGGUUUCUCGGAUGCUUCCAGGGAGUUUUGAACAGAAGGUGAUACGGAUCUACUGUAAGUGUAAGCCGGAAGAACUACAACUACGCAAAGAAGCAACUGAAUGUGUCGAGAAAUGGUGGGAUAACGUUGUAAAGGGGCUGGAGGAGUUCACGACCGACGUGUCGAGCGAGUAACGACACCGGCACACAACUCAGUGAAGAAACCCACACAAGCUGUCUUCUAUACUAUACCGAUGCAACAAACAACUCUAGGUCAACCCUACAGGGAUCUUUGGUAAACAUGUUAUUAUUAAACUAAACGUACGUUUUUGUUACAGACCAAAAUCAAGGUGUUCGGCAUGAAGUUUUAGUGCACUGGACACCCUACUUGGUAGGCCCUACUCUCUAGGGGUAAACAAGUGAAAACACCACUCAUUAUAUUUCGGGAUGGCCCUCAAAUGGCUCUUAGGGAAGUCUG